AUGGCUAUAGACUUGAACAAUCUCAAUCUUCGUCGUUGUCGAUUAUGUUUAUGGAAUAAUUAUGCUGGACUUGGUUUUAUUCUCGAACCUGCACCACUACCACCACAUAUUGUGCAACUUGUUGAAUCGAAUAGUCCAGCAGCUGCUGCUGGUCUCAGAAUACGUGAUGUCAUUCUGGCUGUUAAUCAUAAAAAUAUGUGUGAAUCUAGUUAUGAUGACCUAAAAUAUACUAUUAAAAAAGCACGAGGUCAUGAUGGUCAUAUUGAAUUACUUGUUAUCGACCAAGACAUCUAUGAAUUAUUCAAAGAAAAAAACCAAUCGAUCGAUCCUAGACUAGCGAAAACUAUUGAAACACCAUCGACAAUGCCAAUAGAUUAUCAAAACUUUCCAAAACAUCAACCACGCACUUGUGAAAUACAUUUAAAUAGGCACGAUACAUCAUUUGGUUUUCAAACUGUUAAUCCUCUAACAGAUGUUGGUAUAUUAAUUCAAGAAGUAUAUCCGAAUUCGCCUGCUGCUAAAACAUCAUUACGUAAAUGUGAUCGAAUUAUUGAAAUUGAUGAUGAAUUUAUUGAUGAGAUUCCAAGUAGAACUAUCUUAGAAAAAUUACGUACAGCAAAAGAAAAAAGAUAUGUGAAAUUAUAUGUUGUUGAUACGGCGACUUAUGAUUUUUUCCAAUUAAAUAACAUACCAUUAUCAUCAAAGGAAUAUCGACAAAGUACAUUUGCAAGAAGAUGCUCAACAGACUCACGUAUCGGAGAAGAUAAGAUAGCAUCACCAUUAUCAUCUUAUAAAUUCGGAACAAUGAGUGCAUCAUUUAAAAGAGGACUAAUCGAAGUUGAAAUAGGUGAUAUAACAAGACAAAAUGUGGACGUUAUUAUUGUUAGCUCAUCAUCAAGAAUCUUAAGAACAGCAAUAAUAAAGGCAGCUGGUAAUGAAACUCAAGCAGCAUAUGAUCUCGAAUCAAAAAACCAUCCCAAUUUUGUAUUAAUCGCAACACCAUCAGGAGCUCUACCCUGUAAACAAAUAUUCUUUGUUAAAUGGAAACCUGACGAUAAUGAAGAGAUACUUCAACAGUCCCUUGUUGAUCUCAUACAUAUUGUUGUACAAAAUGUUAAAUCAUAUCAGUUUACGUCGAUUGCAUUUCCAGCCAUUGGAUGUGGAAAGCAUGAAUGUUCAAUAGAUAUUGUAGUUAAAACAAUGGUUCUAGAAAUUAAGAAAAAUCUUAUUAAGAGAAAUUUACCAUGGACAGUAAAAUUUGUGGUAGAACCCGACAAAGAAAAUAUUUAUAAUGAAUUUUGUAAACAAAUACUAACAACACAGGAUGGUCUACAUGAACCAAAGAUUUAUCAACUACCAUCAACAUGGGAGAAAUCAAAAGAACAGAAAAUUCGCUUUAGAUUAUCCACCAGGACUAAUGAGUACGCAUCUCUUGCUUCGAAUUUUGAUCAAGCAAUGAAAGAAAACUAUACACAAAUAAUCAAAAUUGAACGAAUUCAAAAUGAACGAUGGUAUAUGCAAUAUUUAGCACAUAAAGAGGAUUUUGAAAAACGUCUAAACAUGGAUACUGAAACAAGUUUAUAUCACGGUUGUUCUGAACAAGCUGCUCAUUCAAUUAGCGAAGACUGUUUUAAUAGAAGUUUUGCUGGAGCCCAUGGAACUAUUUAUGGUGUUGGUGUUUAUUUUUCAUCGAAAGCAAGUUAUAGUCAUAUGUAUACUAGACCAAACAUAAAUGGAGAACGAUGUAUGUUUAUAGCACGAGUUCUAAUAGGAAAAACUACCAAAGGGAAUAGUUCGAUGAAAACUCGACCACUUGGAUUUGAUUCAACUACUGAUGGAAACCAUAUAUUCGUUAUAUAUCAUGAUGCUCAAGCAUAUGCUGAAUAUUUGAUUACAUACAAAUGA